GAGUGAAAUGGGGCAGAAAAAUUCCAAACUAAAACCAGAACUGGUUCGAGAGCUUGUUCAUAAGACAUACUGUAAGUCUUUCUUAUUUAUCUACUCUGAGUGAAUGGAUAUAACGAAUCCUCGCUGACAGACAUCAGAUCGUCAAACAGCUUUCUUAAGAUUUCUCUAGGCUCAAUAAUUUGCAUUACUUCGACCUUGUGCGCUGAAUUGUAAUAUUACUAAGUGUCCUUAUUAACUCGAUUAUUCCUCCCCAUUUUGUUUUUUCCUUAGUCAAUGAGAAGGAACUCCAGCAAUGGUGAGUUUUAAGCAUGCAGAUGGUUCUAAUUAAAUUCAUGAGCUGCUGCCAAAAGUGCUUACGGAUUUGUGAUCCGAUUGUCUCCCUCAGGUACAAAGGAUUCCUAAAAGACUGCCCGUCAGGAAACCUUAAUGAAUUAGUAAGUAAAAGUCACACCACGUUUAAAUGUCUUGGCAAAAAUAUUUCAGUAUUGAAAUUAACAUGUUUUUCUUUCUACAUGUACAUGUCUAUGGAUCUUGACGGAAUCUGCCAAUUAACAAUUAUAUCGACUAGAGUGCAAUUAAAUUAAGCCUUGCGGCUAUUCUAAUAUAUGAAUGUUAUUCUUUCUUUCUUUUUUUUCGCAAUAGGAGUUUCAGAAAAUAUACAAACAGUUCUUUCCCUAUGGUGACCCUUCAAAGUUCGCUUCUUUUGUCUUUAACGUGUUUGAUGAAAAUAAAGUAAGUACGUACUGUAUAGACUGUAUAAAGCUAAAAUAUAACUUGUGUACUGUAUAUAAUUCGUGGCAGUGUAUUUGAUUACGCUCAAAAUAGCGACUUUUAAAGAGAGAAUUUAGCGUUAAAAUGUCGCAAAAGAAGAGCGUUAAAAGCCAUGGUUGUCAUUAAGUACACACGAUCAUCGCUGGCAAGCGAUGGUCUAGAUUGGCAGACUAGCAGCUUUUAUUAAAGGAAAUAAUUCGCGGAAAAACCGCCCGCUAUUACCAAAAUGUGACUGAAAUUAAGCAGAAAAAUUUCUCAAACAUCCCGCAACACGAAGACUUCAAUGGAUAAUCGCUAGUAAAUUAAUUAUGUUACAUGUUAGUUCGAAUGUAUAAAUUUUACUCCGCAGACCGCCGCGAUUAGAAAUUCUUUUCCGUGAUGUUCUCGUCGUCUGCACCUACCUUGUCUCAUAUUACAAAUGUUUUAGUUUAUUCGAACUACAGUUUUUCUGCCUCUAAAAAGGUAUCUAAUCCAAAAUUUUUACUUGCAGAAAAUGACAUGUUUAUAACUGGCAUAUGGACUUAUAAACGCCAGAUUAUUUGAGUUCGUGGAAAUAUAAUUUCGAAGGAGAGAUUAAAUUAAUUGACUCUCAGUCUAAUAUAUAAAAAAACGUUACAAAUUUCUCGUCUGAUAUUAUGAAAUGGUUAUUCUGGUGUGUCAAGAAUCUACAUCACGUACAUGGUCUGAUCAGCUUCACAAUUAAUUAAUACGACAGUGAAACAAUGUCGCGGUGACAAAAUAAUAUUUUUUAAUUAAGUUAUGUCUAAAUUUCAAGAACACUUAUAUUUCUAAUUUUCUUUCGAUUUUCGUGUCGAUAUGAAGGUGCUUUUAGACGACAGUAUAAAAUCACCGGACAUUUAUAGACCUUCAAACGGGAAUCAGACAUAGAAUGAAACGUGUGAAGCAACCAAACAAAUUUUAUGAUAUGAUUAUUGCCCUGUACUAUGAAAAAAAUUACAGUUAAAUUUAAUUCAAUGCAUUCUUUUUAAUAAAAGGUAAAAUGAGGUUCUGCAGUUUUAAGAACAGUUAUCACUCUAAGAAAUAAAUUAUUGAACAUGACUUUUGGUAGGGUUAAUAAUUAUUAGCUUUAUUUCUAACAUGACGAGGACGGAAUUGGCCAACUACAUUAUGUGGAAUUUAAUUUUUUUUUUUUACAGAUUGUGAAUUUAAAACACAUGUAUGGGCAUGGGUGUGGUGUGGGAUCAAAGAAAUGCCCCUUGUAAAAUGGUUUUAGGAAUGGUUAUAUCCUGACAAGAAGUUACUCAAAAAAGUUUUAUAAUGGGAGCCUCCACCCCAAGGUCCAACCCCUUCCCCUUUAUAUAUCGCUUUUGACAGAAAAAGGUACCCUUUCCGCAUACCUGUUUAUUUUGAAAAAUGGUACCCUUUUCACAUACCUAGUUUAGAAUUUUGCAUCCUUUACAACUGAUGUAAAUGUAUUCUCCUUAAUCUAAAUAUGAAUAAAUCUUAAAACCAGAACGUUUUCUCAACUUUUUUUUCACCGCCAUAAAAUGCAACUGUUAGCAGUUUCCGGCCUUUUUACAGACUGAAAUGACAGAUUUCCCUGCUCCUUAAUAUAUCAAAAAGGUAUGGGCCAUUACAUUGAGUACCCCUCCCCCAUGUGGGGUUAUACUCAGCAACCUUUUCAGAAGCCUUGACCAUCGGGUUUGUUGUAUACACAUCUAGAUUAUUUUUCUUGCGCUGGUCAGGAUUGCAGCCAUUUAUACCUCACUGUUAACAUUUUAAAACAACAGUCAGUAAGAAGUUAUUGAUCUCUGUGACUUUGUGUACAGGAUGGGACCAUUGAAUUCAAAGAGUUCAUCUGUGCUUUAUCAGUAACUUCGAGAGGGAGUAUUGAUGAAAAGCUAAAAUGUAAGUAAUACAAAAAACUGGGCAUCAGUCAUUUAUUUCACUCUAGAAUUUAAUUUAUAAUCCAUCCUGAGCAAGAUGUGAAGUCAGUAUAUCCCUGUCAGGGUGAUCAGUCACUCAACAAGUGACAUCAUGGCCUUGAAACAACAAAACAGAACAAUGAAAUGGAGACAAAAAAGACUGCAGGUGGAUUGAAUCUGCGACAGAGAGAAUCAUUAUACAACAUCAUUAUUACAAGAAUCUAUAUACAUGUAGCAACAUACCUAAGGGGUACUCAACAAUAAAAGUAAAUUAUAAGAGGCUAAUAUAAUGGAGAUGUGCCGCUGGAUUGGGUUUGCAUUUUCAUGACCAGAUUGACUAUAAUGGGGUCACAUUUUCAAUAGAGUUACUAGAAUGGGGUCACACAUUUUCGGAUUUUUGGGGGUAAUGCAGGUCUUCAUAUUUACAGUUAGCAAAUGUAACAGAAUGUUUGUGGUGUUAAUGAAAAGUAAAGUGUUCUUCAUUCAAUCUAAAAAUGGCUCAACUCAUAAAAAUAGAAGGUGACUAAGUUGGGAUUGCAAAAAUUACAUAUUUGCCCAAGUGACUUAGAUGGGGUCUAUAAUAAGAAUCGACUAUAAUGGGGUAGGGGCUCUGAGAGGCCAGGGAGACAUACCCGCGAAAAAUUAACCCAAGUACCUGCCCCCGGUUCCCCAAGGACCAACUCCUUUCCCUUUUAUAUACCAUUUUUGACAGAAAAGGUACCCUUUGCGUAGACCUUUCAUGACAAAUAGUACCCUUUCACAUACCUAGUUUAGAACUCUGCAUCCCUUUUAACACUGUAAAAUUAGUAAUUUAUGCACUUUUUUCUAAAUAAGAAUAAAUCACAAAGCUAGAAAAUUUUCCCAUCUUUUCACAACUAUAAACUCCUUGUCUAGCUCUUUAAGACCAUUUUACAGACUGCAAUGACAGAUUUCCCUACCCUCCCUCCCCUCUCAUAUACUUCAACUAAUUAAAUCCCUACCCUUUCAUAUACCUGAAGCCUGAAAGAGGUACUCCUUUCAAGUAGAGUCUCCCCAUAUAGGCCAUCACAUGGAGUAACACCCCCCAACCCGGGCAACAAACAUUAUAAUUAUAUUAACUAAUUCAUUAACAUACCUGAUGGUAUUAAGUAACAGUACAUACAUCUAUAUCUAUCAAUUUCCUGCAGGGGCAUUUAAACUGUAUGACCUGGAUGAUGAUGGCUACAUAACAAAGGCAGAAAUGCUUCAUAUAGUUGAUUCCAUUUACAAGAUGGUGGUAUGUUAUAUUUUACAUGUUUUUUAAUUUACCUUUUCCCACAAAGAAAGUAGAAAGUUUGGCUACAAAUACAUCAUACGUGUGAACACAAGGGCAAAUCCAGGAAUUUGUUCUUGGGGGGGUCCAAACUUUGGUUCAGAAAGGACUGUUGAACUUUUUUGUAGGAAAUUACUUCUCCUCCACACCCUCCACACCAUAGAAAGAGGUUAUCAGCCAAGUUGUCGCCAUAAUUGUCUGGCCACGUGUUUCUCAAUCUGUGAACCCUGACUUGCAAUUGGUGCAGGGAAUACUGCUUUGCAAGCAGAGGUGAACAGAUCAUAGAAGGGUACCCAAAAACAAUUACAUUUUUUAAUAUCCCUGGAAUUUAGUUUAGUGGCAAAAUGCAAUGCGUGUUUUAUUAGCAAAUAUCAGCCAGUUAAAAAGUGAUAUACAAUCCUGUCAAUGUAAAACUUUCAGUCUCAAACAAGCGUCAGGUCUGAUAGGGAGGUGUGGGCUUUGAGUGGCUUUGUCAGAAGCAUGAGCAAUAGAAGCCAGAGCAGUAAGACAAAACCUGCCAAGGAACUCUGGCCACUCAAGUUUGGCCUCAUUUACAUGCAAUCUUUCCAAUCGAAUAACUCACCAAAGAGGAUUUUGCUAAUGACAUAUAUAAUACUUAAAUACAACUAGAUGUUCUUUUAAUUAAUGACCUCUUGGCAAUCAUCUCCAAAACAUGUCAAGUAAUUAAGCAGCCACCUACCUACUUGAAUUGAUUAGUUUAAUAUACCUAGUAAAUAUACCGGCCUGGAAAUGAGGUUGCUUGCUCAUGUACAACUAGAUUGACAUCAACCAUUAGAGCCUUUUAAAACUGUGAACACUGGCAGCUUGGGUCACUCUAGAUAUUUCUCAGAAUGGACCACUGAUGAUAACCAUAACUGGUGAAACCACAUGAAUGUUAAAGAAUAAUGAUAUCACAGGAAGUGCUGGUUUUUUAUGGUUGUCCAGUAUUUAACUGUUUAACAAUUAUUCCUCGAGCCCGAAUGGGCUCUACGUGUCAUCAAUAGCACAUGAGGCUGAAGGCUGAAUGGGCUAUUGACUCAGAGGCCAUGAGGGUGAGAGGAAUAAUUGUUUUAGGAAAACCCAACUAGUUGGUCAAAGAUAUCGAGAAUAAAGAACUUUUAGCUAGUUAAAGCUAGACUUUAAUCCUUUUUUGCCGCCAAAAAGCACGUGCUUUUCGCUACUAGGGGGCUAUAACAUAUAGCCUAGUAGUAGCUCAACCAAUCAGAACACAGCAUUGAUAAUAGACCACUAGCUGGAUUUUACUAAAAUUUAAUAUUAUUAUUUUCAUCAAAGGCCAGUAUGGUUAAAUUGCCAGAGGAUGAGGACACACCCGAGAAGAGAGUCAACCGAAUAUUUAGUCAAAUGGACACUGUAAGUCACGAUACUUACUGCACCUUUCCCUUUAAUGAUGUCAAACCGAGGGCUAUUAAUGAAUUGCACAGUGACAGCAGACAGUGGCACUCAAACAUUUGGUAUUAUCCAUUAAUUAGACACCAACAACAACAACAACGACAAAAAGUAGAAAUAACUAUUUCAAGGCUAGCUCAAUAUUUAUUGGCAGAAAUCUUGCCUGAGAAGUAG